AAGGAUAUUUACAAUAUUAAUAGAAAUUUUAAUAAAAUUUUACAACUAAUAAUUUUAUAUAUUCUACUUAGUCAAUUGUAUUAUUUUUUCACAAAAAUAUUUAAAACAUUAUUAACAUCGCAUUAUUAUUUGUGUGUAUCAUACUAAUAUUUUAUUCCAAUAAUUCAUUAUUUAUUUUAUAAAAAGAAUUCAACUCUUCAAUCAUGACUACUAUGCCAGUUAAUCCUAAGCCAUAUUUAAAUGGUCUUAUGGGUAAAACAAUAAUUGUAAAAUUAAAGUGGGGUCAUGAGUACAAAGGAUUUUUGGUAUCUACUGACAAUUAUAUGAACAUUCAAUUAGCUAGUGCAACUGAAUUUGUUGAAGGGAGUGAACCAGCUCUUCUUGGCGAAAUUAUGGUUAGGUGUAACAACAUUCUAUAUAUUAGAUCAGUAGAUGAUGAAAGUGAAGGAGCUGAAGUUGACAUGAAGGAAUAAGUAUAAAAUGGAAGUUUUAAUGAUUCUAAAACUUUAUGAAUUUACAAAUUUGAAUGCUUCUUAUCAUAAAAAAUAUAAUGAUUCUUACAAAUGA